CGCGUUUGUGCGUUAAGUUCACACAAUACAAGCUCCAACCUUUCUUUCUUCGAGUAUUUUUUUUUCUUUCUCUCCGUCCUCAUCGAGCAAGACUACUACCAUCCAAAAUGCCGCCACCAAAAGACAUCCAAAAACUCAUCUCUCUCACACAAACCACGCAAACCCUCCUCGCCCACUUCCAAACUUCGCUCACGCCCUCCCCCACCACAAACACCUCCACCGACGCGCCUGACCUCCCCAACGGCCCCCUAAUAGCCAUCCACGCUGCCACCACCCUCCUAAAAUCGCACACGACCACGCUCUCGCUACUCCUCCUCACCCCUCCGCUCACACCCAGUGCCCUAAUCGCAAAAAUCGGCGAUGUCUCCUCCGGUGCACUCUCAGGCAUGGUGGCAGCCGCAUCCUACACACCUCCGGCUGGGGCGCGCGACGACCUAGGACAGAUCAUGCGAGUCGAGUUAAGGGUGCAAGUCAAGCGGCUAGUCGGCGCAUGGGGCGACAUUCUAGCUCUCGUGCUGGCGAUGGCGGAGGCACGGAAGACAUUGAGCGGGAAGGAUAGGGGCCCGUCGGAGCAGGAGAGGAAAGAUGUGCUGGAACGAACGGGUGUGGUGUGGGAUGUGUGUGAUGAGUUGCUGAAGCUGUGUAAUGGGGGGGUUGUCGAGUUGGUGCUGAAGAAGGCGCAGCAGUUGAGGGCUGUGUUGUUGGAUGCGGUGGAGGAGUUGAAGGAGUGGGGUGAGGAUGUCGCAGACUCAGACGACGAGGACGAGGAUAAGGCGGAAGGCAGUGGUGAGGAUGAGUUCGGGGAUGAGGACGAUUUCUUUGGGGCAAAGAAUAAAAUUGGCAAAGACGAUAAGGAGCUAAAGGUAUUGUUGGACCGGAGUGUGAAGAAGCUCAAGAUGGUAGGCAUCAUGUAUCAGGCAGUGGGCAAGAGGAGGUUGAAGACUUUCCCUGCGGCAGCUCCCAGCUCGAACCCAGCAACAACGGGAGCGACGAACAGGGAUGCUGCGAGCGAGACGCCGGCGCAGCGGCUGGACGAACUCAUGCAAACCCUGAAGACCAUACCGGAUACGGUCGAUGACCUUGCGUCGACGUUCUAUGAGCUGGAGCAAGAAGAGGCAGAAGCGGAGCUCAAGAAGGUCUGUGAUGAGGCGAAGAGUGCGGUGGAGUUAGUCAAGAAGAGUUGGACAGGCACCGAUGAUGAGUUCACGAUGUGGUCAGCAAAGUGGAUCGAAGCGUUGGAUGCAGCAUGAUCGCAGAGCCUCAGCAGAUGACAAUUACGAUACUAUCAUGACGACCACAUCUUGAAAUCG